AUGACUAAGAGUCCGACUCCAAAAUCUGACUCCAAUUUAGUCACCCAUUAUCGGGUUCAAGUCAAACCGGAGCCGCCGGUAGAGUCAACUUUGGGCGCCUCCGGGGAAAUAGCAAAAUCGAUCAUCCCGGCCCACGCGCCCGUGAACGACCUCGAGCCUGCGCCGCACGCCGCGCUCGGGGUGGACCUCAGCGCCUGCCUGCGCCUCGAGAACCUCACACUCUCCUUCGACUUCGCGCCCGUCGCGGACGCUGCUGCGGGGAUGUGGGACCUCCUGCGCGUCGUCCGCGCCACGCUCGCGCUCUACAUACGCGUGCUCGUGCCGCAGGUGCAGGCGUUCCCCGCGCUGCGCGAGAUCGCGCUCCAGGUGUUCUGCGCGACAGCGGCCCCCGCGGCGUUCGCGUGCUCCACAAGCGCACCGUUCCUGGGGGAGCCCCGCCCGCGCGACGGCAAAUCGGUGCGGAUGCGGACGCGGAACACACUCGAUGCGGCGCUUGGCGCGCUGCCCGCGCUCGAGACGGUGCGGUUCUUGAUGUGUGAUGUGGAGAGGAGCAGCGAGGCAGAGACGGUGGAGGCAAUGGGGCACUUCGUCGGGGAGCAGCUGCCGAGGACGUGCCGCUUUCCUUUGAAAUCUUCUUCAUUAACAGCCUUGAAAUGCUCGCUCGGGGAACCGCGAGCACCCCUGAUAGGCGCCAGCAUGGUCCUCAGCGGCCACCCUGCUCAGUGCCAUGCAGAUUUGAUGGGUUUUAGGAUUUUUUUUGAACUCCUCCUGCCCAUGUAA